GCCGGGGCCGUGCGGGGCCGUGGCCAUGCUGCGGGGGCUGCUGCGGGGCCGCUGGGCGCUGCCCGCCGCCUCCCUGGCGCUGGGAGCGGGGCUGGGGGCGGCCCUGGCCACCCGCCCGCGGCCGCCGGGCGAUGAGGCGCAGGGCUUACUGGCCCGCCUGCCCGUGGUGCCCGCCGUGGCCGCGGCCGCUCCGCCCGCCGUGCCGGGCUCCGGAGGGGCCGAGCUGACCAAGUACGGGCUGCCCGGCUUGGCGCAGUUGCGGAGCCGCGAGUCCUACGUGCUGUGCUACGACCCGCGGAGCCGCAGCGCGCUCUGGGUGAUCGAGCAGCUGAACCGCGGGACCCUCAGCGGCAGCUCCGACCGCGCCGCCUGCGACUUCCAGGAGGACGACUCGGUCCACGAGUACCACCGCGCCACCAACGCCGACUACCGCGGCAGCGGCUUCGACCGCGGGCACUUGGCUGCUGCCGCCAACCACAAGUGGAGCCAGAAGGCCAUGCGGGACACCUUCUACCUCAGCAACAUCGCCCCGCAGGAUCCUCAUUUAAACCAGCAUGCCUGGAAUAACCUUGAGAAGUACAGCAGAAGUUUGGCAAAGAAUAACAAGAAUGUCUACGUCUGCACAGGCCCCCUUUACCUGCCCAGGAUGGAGGCCGACGGGAAGAUGUAUGUCAAGUACCAGGUGAUUGGGAAGAACAACGUGGCCGUGCCCACCCAUUUCUUCAAGGUGCUCAUCCUGGAGAAGGAGAGUGGGGAGAUAGAGCUGCGCUCCUACGUGAUGCCCAACAGCCCUGUGGAUGAGAAGAUCCCCCUGGAACGGUUCCUGGUUCCCAUCGAGAGCAUUGAACGAGCCUCGGGGCUCCUCUUUGUCCCAAACAUCUUGAAGAGAACAAGUAACUUGAAAGCCAUCACAGCUGGAACCAAGCGCUGAACCCCCACUGACCAACUCCAGGUACCCCCUGGGAAGGGACUCGCAGCAGUUGUCCACAGAAUAGUAAGUUCCUUGUGCCAUUUAAAACGUGGGAAAUAAGAACCCAAUGCUUCAUUUUACCUUUCUCCUCAUUUCGUGUAAGGGUGAAUGCAGAUGCAGCAGGUCAAGGGCAGGUCCUGCAGAAGGUUCCUGGGCACUUCACACCAUUGCAGGUCUUUAGUCUGCAGCACAGAAUGUACUCCUGUCAUUGCUCCCUUGGAGGCACCUGUGGCUCCUUCAGAUACCAAGGGAAGUUCCUUAAUUUCUCUUUAGCAGGGAAGGAUGGGAGCAAGAUGGGUGUGGGGAGGAGAGCAGAGCUUCCUGCCUUCCUGUAGCCAAAGGAUUGUUUGGUUGUUCUCUUUCAGAAGAUGGUUUUAGCAGUAAAGCUUUGAAACCCCAAA